AUGUAUGAUUUCAGCCAACGAACUGACAAAUAUAAAACUCUAAGAAUGUGGCGGGAACGAUUUUCAUUUCAUGAAAACAAUAGCCCUCUGGUGGAAGCUAGAAGAAUCUUCAUACUGUGACGAAAAAAGCAGUAAUAGAAAAGUAGAAAAACGUCUAGUGGAAGGACGUAUGUUCGUUUAUAAUUAUGUGAAGUUUAAAUUCGUGAAUUUAAUCUUUGUUCCGCCUAAUAUACGGACGGAUUCGAAAUUGUCUACGUGAAAGUGUUACGUACUCGAAUACACUGUAUUGUGUUGUGGACUGGUUAUUGUAUAGGUUAUAAUAAUAUAUAGGCAUGUAAAAUGUCAUAGAUAUAACAAUUGUAAAAGAAGAGUGGCUAAUAAAUUAUUCUCCUGUUAUUUCCAAUAAAUUUUCAAAAGACGAACGAAUAUCACGAUUUGUUGGUAAAAGCGCGAGUUUAGAACAUUCACUUUUCGCAAGCACAUUCUGCCCUCUACCGAUGUAGACGAGUACCUUAAAUACGCUGUUUUAAGUGUCGCGCGAAAUGUUUGUUCUAACUUAUUUUGGUUUUCGAUCAUUUGAAAGAGCAUCGAGAGACUACACCUAUAUAUUAUUCAGUGUGAUGUGAAUUUACCUGUGAUACGAAUAAUGUAAAAUUUUUAAUUGUGGAUUUUCGAGUGAGAAAGAAUAAUCAAAGACGGAAGUAAGACAGCCGAAGAUAAUUAGAAUAAGCUUCGAUGACUAACCGCUGGUGGCUGAGGUGGAUUUUGCAGCGAAGAUAAGAUCUUUGCGAACCGUGCAACUCUUUAAUUGCAGAAGUAAUUACUGCGUACCACUCAGUGCAAUAACGAUGACGACCUUAGACUCGCAGGCCGAUAAAACUUUGUGCCAUCUUGAUAAGCUUUCGAACACGGAGUUAGCUGAAAUUCCAUCCGGCCAUGGACUUCCUGUUGGAAUAAGUCCAUUGGAAUCUCGGGUAGCCGGACAUCCGCCGUUAGACAUCGAACGGCAGACGAUUGGUAUGUUACGUAGGUCGGACGGUCGUGUAUUUAAACCUGUUGUUAAACCAUUGCUUGGGAAAAGGGAAAUCUCGUUUUAUGAAAAUUUACAAAUAUCCCAAGAUCCUGUUCUGUUACAAUUGAAGAAUUAUGUUCCACGAUAUUACGGGACAACAGAGCUGCAAAUUUUUGGCAGACGAGUAACAUUCCUUACGCUGAAAGAUAUUACCGAUGGUAUGGCGGAACCAUGCGUGAUGGAUAUAAAAAUAGGUAGACGAACGUGGGAUCCUUUAGCGACGCCAGAGAAAAAGGCAACGGAAGAAUUAAAGUACGCCGAAUCUAAACGCACUUAUGGAUUCUGUAUAACCGGCUUUCAAGUAUAUUGCGUCUCUUCCGGGCAAUUAAAACAGUUUGGCAAACAUUAUGGAAAGACUCUUGAUGCUAAGGGUGUUGUGGAAGCGCUGAAAAUCUUCCUGAAUAUAAGUCCAGAAAGACCGCCCUGUCGUCAAUUGAUUGUGAUGCUGCUCUCUUUCUUGUGGAAGAUCUUACUAUUCUUUCGUAUCCAGCGGUUGUUCCGCUUUUAUUCUAGUUCCCUAUUGGUGGCAUACGAUGCGAAAAGAUUGCGGUACUAUCACCGUCUAAAUAACGUGAACGCCGGUAAAUUACCCAGCCAUGUAUCCAAGUCAUUUUCCUCCACAAAUAGUCAUGAAAUCACAUCGAAUGUGUUCAAACACACGAAUGACGCGACGAGUAAUUCAGUUUCGAGCACGGUCGAAACAACUAGGAACCGGACAACGGAGAGGGUACACUUUGUAAAGAGAAGCAUCAGUUUGAGCAGCAGCGAGUAUGAUUCGUCAGGAAAGCAAAAGACUCUGAACAGAAGCGGAUCGUGUAGUCCGGACUUUAGAGUGGACCGACUCUGCAGUAUGCAUUCGUGCAGUUUUGAUGACGACAUUAUCAGAAUGAGAGAAAGCUACGAUGAUUUACUCAACGAGCUCACAAGCACCACGGAUGAAAAGCAGAACUGGGUUAGAAUUAACAUGAUCGACUUCACGCAUGUCUUCCCAGCGGAGGAUCAGAAUACUUUGGAUCUAAAUUAUUUAGAGGGAAUCGAGAACCUGAUCAAACUCGUGGAGAUGUUCCUGGUCUCCAAGGAUACCUCUGCAUGAACUAUAUUUAUUACAACGUAGGAAGUUGUUGUUAUACGUUUUCUUUCAAAUCGCAAUACGAAUGUUACACACCUGUAUUUUAUAUUCUUUACUAAAAGUAGAUUGAUUUUCGAGGUUAGGUCAGUGAAAAUCCGCAAGUUUGUAACUCGUGACGAUGCAUGUGCAUUAUCGCGUGAAUAAAGUACGAGAAUGUUUCGCGAAAGCUUAUUGGAUGUCGUGGAAACGGGGCUUAAUGUUCAAAUAUUUGUCGUUUUACAGCUCUCGUGAAACGUUUUCCGUAUUUCUAGUCGGAUUCGUUGCAAGUACUGAAAACUGAAUGUUAAUUGUUUGGCACCAGAGAUUACAUUUGUAAUAUUCACAUCCUUCGGUGCACCUUCACUUGUCUAUAUUCCACAUUAUUAAACACCGUAUUCGUUGCUUUUACAUAUAUGGUCUUACAUAUGUAUACGUGAUUCAUGCAACGAUUGUUGUAGUCAUCGAUUGUUCGUACUAUUUCCUUUUUCUCAUCUUCUUAUCGUGCAGAUCAAAAUUCUAUAAUCGAUCGAACAGAAAAAUUGUUACGUUAAUAUGAAUACCGAAAAUACAAGUGUUAAUGUAAAGGUCGAAUGUCUUUAUUCCUACCCUUUCUGGUAAAUUCAGGAUGUUUGUACCGGAAGCGAAACAUUGUGUCUUACAACUUUUUCACCUACAUAUGAAUAAUAAUUUCACCUAUAAAUAUAUACGUUCGCAGACUGGUAUCUUGGAGAAGAAAUCAGGUACUUACCAUGAUUAAUUCUAU